GAAAAUAAGGAACUUGCCGGUAUCUUUUAGCCAGCUGAUGAAUCACACUUUCGUGGUGCGUUCUCAAGAUUCACGAGUACAGAGAACAUAAAGAUGGCUGGAGAAAUGUCAAUACUUGGAUCGGCCAUCCUGGCUCUUUUUCUGGCGGGUUACCUGGGUCAACAGUACCUGCCGCCUCCCAAACCACGAGUGAUCGGUUUGGAUCUGGGCACCACUUUUUGUUCGGUGGCGGUGUUCCACCCCGGGGUUGGCGACGUCGAGGUGAUCGGGGAUCAGGAGGGCCGUAAGAGCAUCCCUAGUGUGGUGUCUUUCACGGCCACGGACGUUCAUGCGGGAUAUGAGGGCCAGGAGCUAGCCGACAACAACCCGCACAAUACGAUUUACGAUGCCAAGCGCUUCAUCGGGAAAGUUUUUGAAUCCGAGGACUUGGAGCAAGAAAGUACCCGAUACCCCUUUAAGGUGGUGAACAACAACGGGAGUGCAGAGUUCCUGGUGACGGCCAAUGGCACGCUGAAGGUCAGCCCUGAGUUCAUUGGCUCACGCCUUCUGCUGAAGAUGAGGAAGAUGGCGGAGCAGCACCUGGGUGUGCCUGUGCUGAAAGCAGUCAUCUCGGUGCCAGCAGAGUUCGACGAGCGGCAGAGGAACUACACCAUCAGAGCCGCCAACCUGGCUGGGUUGGACAUCCUGCGUGUGAUCAAUGAGCCAACUGCAGCUGCAAUGGCUUAUGGGUUGCACAAAGCAGAUGUGUCCAAUGUACUGGUGGUGGAUCUGGGAGGGGGCACGCUGGAUGUGUCCCUGCUGAAUAAACAGGGCGGAAUGUUCCUCACCCGAGCCAUGGCAGGGAACAACAAACUUGGGGGACAGGACUUUAGCCAGAGGCUGCUACAACACGCCAUGGAGAGGAUCCGGCAGCAGUUUGGGGUACUGCCCACCCACAAGGAGGAUGUCCACCGCCUCAGGCAGGCUGUGGAGGGCGCCAAACUCAACCUCACCAUCCACCCCAGCGUCACUCUGCGUGUGGCCCUGCGCCUGGAGACCGGAGACCCCCAAGGGCCCGCCAAGCCCGUGCUAUUUCAGGAGCUGCUCACCAGGGAGCUCUUCGAGGAGCUCAACGCCGACCUCUUCCAGAAGAUCCUGGUCCCCAUCCAGACUGUGCUGGAGGAGGGGCAGCUGGACCGGGCAGAGGUCGACGAGGUGGUCCUGGUCGGGGGCUCCACCAGGAUCCCUCGAAUCCGCCAGCUCAUCGCCCAGUUUUUUGGGAAAGACCCCAACACCGCGGUGGACCCUGACUUGGCCGUGGUGACAGGCGUCGCCAUCCAGGCGGGGAUUAUGGGCGGAGCCUGGCCCCUACAGGUCAGCGCCAUCGAAAUCCCCAACAGACAUCUGCACAAGACGAACUUCGAAUGAUCGCAGGACGGGAUGAGGUGGAGCGGGUAGAGUUUGGCGGACUCUUUAGAGCUACUUGCUUUGUUGUUCAGCUGUAUUUGUAAGGUCAUUUUCACAUCUCCAUGUGUCUUAGGUGCAGACAGGUGUGUGGAUGAAGGGAGGAGGCAGCUCUAACAGUUACUGAGAAAUUCUCCGUCAGCAUGAGGGGCCUCACAAGGCUAACAAGAGUUUACUGAAUGGUUUUCUGAAAUAUCUGGAGGGAGAUUGAAUUCCACACAAACACCAGUCAGAUCACUGAAAUAUUAACACAAAGACCUGAAAAGCAGCUGAAUAGGGGUUCUGUCAGUGAAGGACCUAACUAAAGGUGUUCCUGGUGUCUUUAACAGAAUCGUCACACAUCUCUGAGAGGAAAGCAGGCAGAGACUACGAAAGUUUGUUUAAAAGAAGUUACCACUCUGCUGGUUGCUGAUGUAAUUCACGAAGGCACCGUACUUAAUGGAAAGGACCUAAUCGCUAUAGACAGUUGAAACAACUUGCGGUUGCAAUUUUGGCAAGGGCCAUAAAGCAGCAAACAUUGUUUAUGAGAGCCGUGGUCAGUGAAUAAUGGGAUAUUUAUUUAUUUAUUUUUAAACGUGAGCAUGUGUGAGUGUACAGUAUGUGUGCGUGUCAUUUUACUUUUGAGAUCUUCCUCAGCUGAUGCCUGUGCCUUUCUGAGAAAGCUGCUGUAGUGGAAUAUAACACCGUACCGUGUGUAGUUUAUAGCAAUGCAAGGCAGGGGCCUUAUUUCAUGUCUUAUCUUAUAUUAAGGGUUUAACAAUGCCAUAGACUUGCUAUUCCCACAGAAGAUGACCGGAACCUCCGGCAGAAUAAUUGCAAUUAAAAAGCUUUUUUUAGUGUAAGCUUUUAUCUUAAAAUUCUCUGCUUCACUGUCAACACUGUUCCCCUUUUGUCACCCUAGCUUUGGAAUGGCCAGUUGCUCAUUAAGCUCGCCUUACUGCGCUCAUGCAGGACAAAGAAGCAUGAGCAACACACCAUGGUCCUCUCGUACACUCACGUGUCAGACGGCAGUUAUUUUAUAUGCAAGUCCCAGAAUGCACCAGGAGAGCAGCUGCUGAAUGGAAGCGUCACCCUGGUGACAUCUGAGCGACUCGUAUGGGCACCUGGAGAGUGUGAUGAGGGGACCCUGACAUAAUUCACCCGCUGUUAACGGUUUUAUUCCAAAUCCAACAACCCGGUCUCAACCUGGACAACAAAGGAAAGCAAAAGCCUUUGCCAAAUGUAACAGUGUUACUGAUUGUGCUUCCUGGAGUGUAAGCAAAUGUUUUUGGCACUUUGCUGUUUGGAGCAUUCGGGUAGCUUUAGGUUUUACUGCUACGAACUAAACACCCACCCCCCCGAGAGGCUGGUGGUGGCUGUAGCUCUUCAUAAUCAUGAGGUAAACUCAUUCCAUGUUGAAUGUCACUAAAGCAACACGAGUGGACCAUAAGGAGCGUAGUUAUGUGCACUUGUCCAGUGGUCACACAUUUCAAAUUUCGUCAAUGAGAAUUAUUUCCUCCGUCAGUCUCCGAUUUAAGAGAUAUGGACUCAGCAUUUACCGAUGAAAGCUGAAUCCUGGCAAGCCGAAUUAUCACACACUGAGCAGAUGCCAGUGCAAGGUAGAAUAAGAACCCAAAUGCAGCUGAACCAGGGCGAAAGCGUUGAACUCAUUCCUCCUGAAAGUAACCAUGUAAGGACCAAAAUGUCAGGCAGUUCACUUCUGGUGCCAUUAGUAUUCAUAAAGACAUGGUGAUAAAGAUUUAAGUUGUAUGUCUCAGAUCACAGUUUAAUCAUUCCAAGACUAUUUACAGUACUUGAAUUUACAGUAAUUGAAUGUUUUACUAUGAAAAUGCCCUUCAGAUACUCAAUUGGAAAUAAUGCAUGUAGACAUUUUCCUUUUGUGAGAGUAUGAAUUUAAGAAACUUUGUGGAACUACCAACCAUUGUAAACCUGUAGCAAACAGACCAAACAUUCCAUGAUCUUGGAAAUAUUACCCAGUGGACUACAAGUGUGCUCUGUAUGUUUGUGCAAUGACAUACAGACUGUUCAGCUAUGUGCUAUUAAGCUGUUAGUUCAAAGGAUCCUCCAGCUGCAGUGAUAUAUAGUAUAAUAUAAAGCAAGCGUGUGCUUUGCAUUUCCAGUGUUGAUUCAUGCCUUUAACUGAAGUUGGGAAACUGCAGCUUGAGCUGCACUGUCAUCUAAACUCAUAUGCAGACAUAUC